GUGUCGAGUCUUCAGUGUUUCUCCGCGCUUCCGUUCGUGCGUUUUGGUUGUGAUUCGUUGUGAAAGAGAGUCGGUUAAGCUUAGAAGUUGAAAUUGUGUUUUGCGGAGAGAAGUUAUAAAGUCAUCGCUUUUCAAAUAAUUUGAAGAAAAUGGCUGAAAGUAAGGGUGCAUUGAUUGCGAAGACAGUGCAAAAACAUGCAGGCAGAGCAAAAGAGAAGUUUCUUCAAAAUUUGGGCAAAGUAGAUAGAACUGCAGAUGACAUAUUCGACGAACAUUUGCAGAAUUUCAUGAGACAACAAAACGCCGCGAACAGAUUGCAAAAAGAGUUCAACAAUUACAUCAGGUGUGUUCGAGCGGUGCAAGCAGCGUCUAAAACUCUCAUGGAUUCUUUGAACGAGAUCUACGAAAGUCAAUGGACUGGCCAUGAUCUUUUAUACGUGCAAGCUCAAAAUCUCGAUAUGUUGUGGCAAGAUUUCACUCAUAAACUUGCGGAUCAAGUUCUCGUGCCUCUCAACACAUAUCAGAGCCAAUUUCCAGAAAUGAGGAAAAAAAUUGACAAACGUGGGCGGAAAUUGGUUGAUUAUGACAGUCAGAGACAUAAUUUCCAAUCACUACAGUGUAAUCCAAGGAAACGGGAUGAACUCAAAGUUUCUCGAGGAAAGGAAUUAUUGGAAGAAGCUAAGCGUACAUAUGAACAACUCAAUUCCGAACUUCAUGAUGAACUACCUGCCUUAUAUGAUUCACGUGUUCUUUUUCUUGUUACUAAUUUGCAAACAUUGUUUGCUGCUGAACAAGUAUUUCACACUGAAAGUGCUAAGGUAUAUUCUGAAUUAGAAGCAAUCGUCGAUAAACUUGCUAACGAAAGCCAGAGAGGAUCGUAUACACUGAAGAAAAAUACAGAACCUCAGUCUCCAAAAUCACCUAAUGCUAAUUCUGCUUUAAUAAUCAACACGCAACCAGCUCAGAAUAACAUUUCACCAGCCGUGGAUGAUUCUGCUCCAGCAGCAAGAAACACAUCACCGACUACUCAAUUAAAUGGCAAUGCUAACAGCAAUGCUAACAGCAAUGAUAAUUCUCUCAAUAAUCAGGAUGCAUCUCCGCAAAACACAGUUACGGCCUCUAAGCGAGUAGAAGAGUUGUAUGAUAUUCCUGUUGAGGUGGAAUAUGAAAAUGGUACCAAUUUCUCUCUAGGGGCAACGACUGACAACUUGCCACCUGGGGUUUUAUACAGAGUCAAGGCUACUUACAAAUAUAGACGCGAAGAUGUGGACGAAUUGUCAUUUGAUGUCGGUGAUAUUAUUCGUGUGGUAGAAUAUGAUGAUCCUGAAGAACAGGAACAAGGUUGGUUAAUGGGCAUCAAAGAAGGUACGAAUGAAAAGGGUAUGUUUCCAGCGAAUUUCACGAAACCACUGUGAAAGCUUUAUUAAAUUCGUCUAUUACACUCCAAUGCUCACUAAAACGGCGUAUUCUAUUUUAAGAAUAGUUACAAGAUUAAAAGUGAGAAUCACACAGUCAUCUGAGAUAUUAUAUAUAUAUAAAAAAAGUAAUAAUUAAUAUUAAUAACAAUGAGGGGCAAUGGGAAGGAGAAAGGGGUGUGAUAAGAUAGUUAUGCUGGAGGUACUGUGGAAAAUUAAACACCCCAAAGUGCCUUAACCCAGCCACUGUCUGUGCCAACAUUCAUUGUUUAUAAUAUGGGAUUAUUCUCCCUGUAUCCAAUGUACGAAUACACAUCAUUAAUAAUCAAAUGAAAUAUUUAAGUAAUUAAAUAAUAUAUUGUAAUACAUCAUGCAGUACUAUAAUAUAAACCUUAUAUAUUAAAUUAAUAUUAUUUUAUGAAAUUGUACAUAGAAUUAUACAUUUUAAGAA